GACGACCCUGAAGCUAUAUAAACUUCAUAAGUUCUUUCCGUGCAACCUUUAGAAUAUGGCCUCUUUGAGCUGCGGAUAUAAGUGUUUGCAGAUUCUUUUAGUGAUAUUUAAUAUCCUUGUUUUUGCAUGUGGAAUUGCUUUGAUAGUGAUUGGGAGUCUCUCUCAAGUUGCUAUUAAUAACUACUCUUCUGGGAUCGAUUCAAGCAUCAAAGGUCUCGUAAUCUUCGUGAUAGUACUCGGAUGCUUCUUAUUUUUGCUUGGAUUUCUCGGAUUUUGUGGGGCAUGUACCAAAAAUACUUGUUGUCUAAUCUUGUACGCAAUUCUUCUGUCAGUCAUGGUCGCGGCUGAAAUAGCGGCAGGAAUAACGGCUGCUGUGCUGAGAGACGAAGUAAAAUCUCAGUUCCUAUCUUUGGUUAAAAGCUCCGUCAAUGAAUAUAGCAAGAAUCCGGACUUUAAGAAUUUCUUAGACAAGAUACAACAAGAGUUUCAAUGUUGCGGCUCUGAAUCGUCAAGUGACUACACAUCAUCUGGACAAACCGUCCCUGACUCAUGUAAAGAUACAAAAACUAAGGCUAUAUACUCAGAUGUAAGUUGAGAGAAAUUUUGUUUUGGCUUUAAAAUAUCUACAUAAGUUUUAUAUUUUUUCAAAAAUCUAUGAGAUGUGAUGUGGGAUGUUCCAUUAUUUCAAUACGUCUCUUAUAUUAACUAUUUAAAGGAUGUUUAAACCUAUAAAAAGUGUUGAAAUAAUAACGAGCAACGGAAAAGUGAAAAUUACAAUCUUUGUGCAUGAGUGAAAGCUAAUCUAUCAAAUCUCAAUGGGCUGUUCAUACAAAGUAAUCGCCUUCUUUGAAAAGUAUAUUGUCGCCGUUUUAGUAGCGGCAUUUGUAUUCGCUAUCCUUCAGUUAUUGUGUAUUGUUUUUGCUAUCUGUGUUAUACGAGCUAUCAAAUCUGGCGAUUCUGACUGAGAUUAAAAUUAUUGAAGGUUUAAACACUAAAUUUGAUUUUCCAAAAGACUUUAAAUUUAUAUAAUUAAAUCUCUUUUUCUUCAUAUUUUUAUUUUAUUGUCAUUUAUUAAACAAAUAAUGGAAUCUUGUAUUUUGUUCAAUAAACAUUAAAAAAGAACAUGAAUAACCAAAGGUUACUGGACUUAAUAUUGUAAUAUCAACGGAAAAUAUAAAAUCUAAACAAUGUUUUCGA